AUGAUCGAGAUUUCCGUGACCGUGCCAACAAACCUCGUGGACUGCAAGCUGCCCGCAAGCUCCGAAACGACCGCCGUGAAAACCGCUGGGUACGCCUGGUCACUAUCUUCCCCUCCACAUCUUCUUAUCGUCGAGCAGGCGGACAAAGCAUACAAAAAGCGUGCCUUGGGCAACAUUUACCGGACCUCCCCCACUGGUGGAUCGUCUCACGCUAAGGGAAUCGUUCUCGAAAAGGUCGGCGUCGAGGCCAAGCAGCCCAACUCCGCCAUCCGCAAAUGUGUCCGAGUGCAGCUCAUCAAGAACGGAAAGAAGGUCACUGCCUUCGUGCCCAAUGACGGUUGCCUUAACUUCGUCGAUGAGAACGACGAGGUACUCAUCUCCGGUUUCGGUCGUCGCGGAAAGGCCAAGGGAGAUAUUCCUGGUGUGCGAUUCAAGGUGGUGAAGGUGUCUGGUGUUGGUCUCCUUGCUCUGUGGAAGGAGAAGAAGGAGAAGCCUCGGUCCCAUCUUGCAAUUGUACUUUGCUUCAUCUACCAUGUUACGAGCACCUCGCAGAGUGCCGCCGCCGCCCCGCCUGCCCCGUUGUCCAAUGACUCUGAUGAGAAUAUCGAUGUCAAGCUCAGCGUCCGAGAAAGGAUUGCUCACCUCCAAUUGGAUCAUGUCGCACGCCCACCAGUCUCACUCGCGUCCAAGGCUCCUCCACGCCCUCCGCCGAGGCGUAAUGACUCUUCCCUCGCGCAAGGACUAGCGCCAGCGCUUCCUGCAAGACGCGCAAGCGAUUGCGACGAUGCGGCACUCAAUCUGGCCAGGCCUCCCCCACCGCCUGUCACAAAGAUUGCAGAGACGCCUCCUCCGACACACGUUCCCAGACGGCUACCCCCACGGCUUGCCACGCCUCCUCCCGAACCGGAGGUGGACCCGACAUAUCAAGAGGAACCGCUGGGAGAUCAUGACCCAGAUCUCGAAGAAUCUGCUUCAUGUAUCAAGUGCCACGACUUCUCUGUUAUCGACGAACAUGCCGGCCAAUUCCCCCGACACAGUGUCCGUUCUAUACCAGAACUGGCUCAUGCUUUGACAGAGCCAUGGGAAUCAGAAACGGAAAAGGCCCGGGCCAUCUUCUACUGGCUUCACCUCAACGUAAUCUACGACGUCCAGUCCUUUUUCUCGGGUUGCCUUCCUUCUCAGUCUCCCGGGGACACACUAUCGACCGGUCUAGCCGUCUGUGAUGGGUUCGCUGGGCUGUUUGCUGAGCUCGCAGCCAUCGCAGGUCUACAAGUCCACAAAGUCACCGGACAUGGCAAGGGCUAUGGCUACGCAGCCUUCCCACCGGGAUCACCUUGUCCUCCUGAAGAAAGCAAUCACGCGUGGAACUGUGCCCUGCUCGACGGCGAAUGGCGCCUGCUCGAUCCCUGCUGGGGCGCUGGUGCCCUCAUGGGAUCUGAAUACAGCCAGCGAUUCGCUCCGGUGUGGUUCUACUCUUCGGCAUCUGAAUUCGGAAGACGGCAUUACCCCACUGAUCCUUCAUUCCAACUACUCGGGGAGGAGGACGGAGGCCCCGUGAGUUGGAGGGACUAUAUCUUGGCGCCUCCAGGCCCUGUCCUCUUUGGCAGCUUCGACCAGCUGGCGUUCCACGCGGAACAUCUACAACCAUCACAGGCUGAAAUACCAAGCGGACAUUGGUGUGCGUUCACCCUGUUCAAGCAGUGCGAACACAUGUCCCGAGACGAAGCCGACAAUUACGUCUAUUUCAUUCACGGACCGGACGACAGAAAGACGGUGUUGGUGCCCGACGCAGAGGGCGGCUGGAGUGCUAGCGUCUACUUUCCAGGCGGUGUUACGGGCGACGUCCAGCUCAACUACGUAACAUCGUUCGACAACCGAGACGCCAAAGGACUGUCGGGGCGGACAUUCGAAAAGAGCUUGGGUCGCAAGGCAAUGGCUUGGUCCGGCUUGUGCAAGUGGACCGUCGUCUGA